GUCCAAACCGUAAUAAAACCAACUUUAGAAAAUGGGCAAAAAGGGAAAGAAAAACAAAGGUCCAAAAUUAACUGCCGAACAGCAACAAGAAAUUCUUCAGACUCAAGCAGCGGAAAAAUGGGGCGCACAACAAGCCCUCCAAGUGGAAAAAGAUAAUCUUGAAUUGAAGCAGUACAACCAGAGGCGAGUAACGCUGGUGGAAACCCUGAAGCAAUUCAGAAGAAUAGAAAAAGCUGCCACCGAAUGGCAAAAACAGCAGCAGAAGAAAUCCAACUGGGCCCAGUAUUUGAAGUGCGAAAAACUACCGAACCCGGCUAGUGCGGCUGAGUUACGCGGAUUUCUGUACCGCUGGAGUUACGAGCUGGAAGAGAAUGCGCGGAAUUUCACCAGCUGGACGAUGGAUGUCAACGAAAGGUCGCCGCUGACCCAGGACGAUUCCCUGCCGCUGGAGACGAUGCGAGUUUGUAGGGAUCGAAACAAAAACUUCGUAGCCGGACGGUAUUUGCCCGGCAUCCGGAAUGCGCUACAAAUACUGACCCUGAUUGAUGACUCCUUUCGGCACGAACAGCCCCAGGCCGAGGUGGUCAAGGCCCGGGAUGAAAUCCGCAGCAAAAUUGCGGACGUGAUCCAAGAAAUUACAACCCGCGUUGGCGGAAACAUUUGGCGGGAUAUGACAGCCCUGGAUGAAAUAACGGCCGAGUUUUCCUUCUCAUCGGACAUCCUAUGCUUUUAUCUUUGGAGCUUUCGUGACGUUCCUUUGCCGCCAUUAUACAACUACCUGGCGAAAUCUUUCUCGAUGAGCUCGCUGCAGACCGAAUUGCACCGGCCCCUGUCUCUGGAUCUGAAGGAAGCGAUGCUUCAAGGAUAUUGGAGUGGAUUCGACCACUAUUCGGAUUUGGAUCCGACCUUCCAGUGCGGUCUCGCCGAGCAGGUUCCGGAUCUGAUUGCCUCCCAGGAGAUGGAAUGGGCCGACAGGAAUCGGCUGCGGGAACAAGCGUUGAACAAGAUGAAAUCUGUGCGGCAGAAGUACGAGGCAGAUUUGAAACAGAGGGAGUUGGAGCUGGCGGAAGCAGCUGGAAAGAGUACUCCGGGGGCCAAACCUGGACCGGCAGCCAAGCAAAAGGGCGCCAAAAAGAAAGGCAAAAAGGGAAAAGCAAAGAACGGUUUACCGGCUGUUCCACCGCCAAUUGUGACAAGUGAAACGACGGUUGACAUUGAUGCUGAAUAUUUAACACUUGAAUGGCAGCAGUACCAGGAAAAGAUGGAACGGAUUGGACCGAAUUCAUUAAACCUUCCGAAGGGUUACAUAAAUUUACGCUCCCAUCGACUGACGGGCGGUCUUUUGACAUUCCGGAGAUUGUGCAAACUUCCCCAACCCUCGGAAAUGCGAACUGAUUUCCUGUAUACAACCCUUCCAUUGGGGCUCAAAUUGACCGAAAAGGUUUUUGUUAGCGAAUCGGAUUCGGAACUUAUCAAAUUCGAUAUCCAACUUCGCAGCGAGUGCUUCUGGUGGAACGCCCCGGUUGUUUGCACCUGGGAGUACUGGGAGCAGAGCGAGGAUUUCUUCCGAUAUCCAAUCGAGAUGCAACAAGCUCAUCUCAACAAGGAGCGUAUUGAAGAGGAGGAAUCCAAAAAACUCUUCAGUGCACCGAAAAUCAUCAAAAACCCACACAAAAUAACAUUUGUUCGGGACAUCAACUUGACCGAUGUCCCCGUUUCGACGAAGCUACACUUUUUGAUUAAGGAUCUGAUUCUGCCGCGGCUUCCGGAUGGGUAUAAGUUUUUUGCCGAGCUUCACGCCCUGUACCUGGCACUGAAGAAAGCUUUUGUCGGGGAGCAGAAAAUUCUCAUCGAGAAAAAGCUGAAUGAAAUGCUUUACAAAGAGUUCCACUUGUUGAAGGAUUUGGACGCGGAAAGCUCCGACCAACCGCAAGAACAAUUCGAGCUUCCUGAUAACAAAGAUGUCGGUGGCACAGAAAAGACAGCUCCAAUUUGGGGCCCUUUGAUAAGCACUGAAAUUCCAAUCCCUGUCGAAGCUUUACUAUACGAUUUGAAAACGGCUCAACAAGAACCUGCAUAUCUUUUUGCCCCCAACGUCGUCAUUCCGUGCGUGGAAAUCAUCGAAAAAUCUUUCGAUGUGCAAGAGUCUAAUUUCCAAGAUCUGCUCCAAAAACUCUUCGAAAACAUCCCCUCUGAGGACCCUUUCAGUUCUGAUGCAAUCAUAGAUCUACUUUCUAACUUUAUGCAACUUCUACACUAUCUGAGGGAAGUGCAGCAACCGAUAUUUCCGGAACCCCCGGAAGAGGAACAGAUCGAUGAAGAACGUCGUGACACUAGCAGAAGACGCUCUUCCCAGCAACGUGUAUCGAGACAAACCUCACGAAUGAUGGCACUGGAAGCGUUCCUCAAAAGGUUCUCCAAAAGAGUGUCGUCCAUCGAAAGACGCCCAAAGCCCAAAAAGAAACGCCGAAAGUCAAUGCAAGCGUCAUUCAUUGAAGAUAAUGCGCCCAGUACAGAGUAUCCUUCGCUUGAAGAUGACAGACCGGUUGAAAUUGGAGAACAUCCAAUUGGAAGGUGGUCGACGAAGAACAUCCAGGAGCAGGAAUACGACCCAGUUAAUAAGAGGAUCUCGUUUACGGUCGACCGGCUGGGCAUAUUCGGGAUCGCUACCGAGAAGUAUUACAAUUUGCCGUUCCGAUCAUGGGACAUGAGAAAAACGGGAAAAGCAUCGGACCUAACCGUCACCGUCACCCUGGAUUGUACCGCCAUUCAGGUGCUGAUUCAUGUCAGAAAAUCCGGCUACCGAAUCGAGUUUCAGCAAGCUCCCCAACCCAUCGUCCCACCGAAGGGCGAACUUUCGCUGGAGGACCUUGAAAAGCAGCUGCAUCGAAUGAAUCUGAUUAUAUUCCCGGAACAGGACGCCCAGUGCUACCUGCAGGGCCAAUCCUCGCCCAAGCAGGACUCAAUGGAGCUGCACAAUCUGAAGUGUAUGGCCAUCUUCUGCCUGACGCACAACUUCAGCAACUGUUUCUGGAACAAAUUUUCCGGUCCGCGUGAUGCCUUAAUUCAGUGCCGGCAGCUCAUCGACGGGCGCCAGGAACCAGCUUUUGGCACCGUGCUCAUGAACCCCCGGAAGGCGGCAACCGUGACGGUGGAAGAACUUUGCUCCCCACUGGAUCAAAUCCUGCUCGAGUAUCACCCGGUGCCGGACAAUCAACCGUACAAUCCGGACGUCUACAAUCUGCUGAAGGAUACCCUGGAGGAACCCUCGCGUAAACUGUUGGCCAGAACUCCACCGUUGCUGCAAUGGAACGUCGCCCAGCUGCUGCAGAAGCUUCGUUUAUGCAGUUUUUCCUGACUCUGGCCAUCCAUGUUUGUGCACCAGUUUUCCAGGCUACAUAUUUGUUUUGGUCAUUGUAUGUACGGUUUUUCUCCCCGAGUAUUUGGUCCCGGGAACAGUAAAUUAUCAGUUGGUUUGCACAGCUACUGGUGCGUUUUUAAACUGUAAUUACUCGCAAUCACGAUUGCCGAAACUUUUCACUACGGAA